CCGUUUUCCGUUGACAUCCAUUGACCAUCUGCAUUAGUCUUCCGCAUCGCGAUGGCCAUGACGGCAUAGCCCAGCCAUGCAGUCGCUGCAGUUCUCUCACUGGCUGCUGGUGCUGGUCCAAGCCCUACGCGUCGCUUGGGCGCUGCUCUUGCGCCUGGUGCCGGGCUGCGGCCGUGUGCGCGGCGUGGGCAUUUGCGAAUGCGAAGAUUCGCUCAAUGAAGAUUGCUGGCGGGACCAACUCGCCUUCCGUACUGAAGCUUCUUCGCUCCUGAUCUACAUUGCGCUGGCAGGGCUGACCUGUGCUGAUCGCCUGAAGCAACGGCACUCGGUGAUCCUCGUGUCAGUCAUCGCACUGGAGUCCUUCCUCAUGUUGCCCAUGCUCCUGUUGCCCAUCGUCAUGUUCCAGUUUCUGGACGUCUUCAGCAUGUUCGCAGCUGCUUUGUAUCGCGUGAUGCAGGCUGUCCUCUUCAUGGAUGGCGCCUACCAGUUGAACGACCGGAUUUAUGCUUCCGCGGUGCAAGCUCGCCGGAGAUCCAUUAGCUCCGAGGCCUUCCAUGGGCGGCUCGCUCUCAUGGUGAGCGUCUCCUUGGCCCUCGUCAUCGGAGCGCUGAUUGCUGCGAUCUAUCUUUGCAUGGCCGUCCCAGAGGUGACCAUCUGCGUGGUGAGCGCGGUGGUGGGCUCCAGCCUUUUGCUGCUGGUGAGCAUUACCAGCUGGUGCGAACAUGGGUCUUUGAUGACUUCUUCGGUGAUGUUUGCCUACAACAUUUACCUUUGCUAUCAGGUGGCCUCCAUUCGCCCGCGUGCGGAGGAGGAGGAGAUUCCCACCACCAUGCUGGGGCUUUUGGUGCCUACGUUGUCCUUGGCCUAUUUCGCCAUCAGCAAAAGCCCUGCCAGGCACCUCGCAGGCCGCAAGCAGAACUCCAGCGACACCACGGAUGACUUCGAUCCCAACGACUUCCUCCUGCGUUGCUUCGUGCACUUCCUCGCGGACUUCUACGUGACCUCCGUGCUGGCGCCGAGGGUGAGUUGGCUGCGGUUCAACAUCCGGGCUGCGACCGUCUUCGUGCCGCGAAGCAGUGGGAACGGAUGGUGCAGUAGCUCCCCCUUUGCUCUGGGCCGCAGCAGGGCAUUCUGGGGCGAGGCAUAUGACUCCCAUUGGAGGAAGAUGGCCCACCGAAGCAGACGGUCUUGAACAAGAAGGAUGCAGCAACUGGAAGCCUAUGCAACUCCCAAAUUCCACGUGAAUCCGACCAGAAGAGGGGGGUGAAUAUGUGAUGUAGUACCCUUGCCUGCAGGGCUACAGGGAUGCCUGUGGCAUCGAAAAAGGAACUUGUGGCAUCCUACGCAUCCAAUGCAUCCAAAAGGCACCUCUUUGGAACCAGAAUAUGGGAUAAAAGAGUGGAUGUGGGAUGAUGUGGGCAACCAUCCCCCAGGACACCGAAGGGCGCCCCUAGGCGGUGCACCUCAGACACCCAUCUCUUUUCGAUGGGCCCAGAGAGUCCUGGCACCCGUGGGUCAUGGCAUCCGGGCACCGAACUUGUUUUGGACCGAAAAUGAACCGAUUCCCAGACACGACCUGUCUGGGACUGCGAGUCCGGACUGCCGCC